AUGGAGCAGUCAGAAUAUCACAUACAAUCAGGGCAGGAAGGUACACACGCAUCUCAAUCCGAAGAACCAGUAGUCGUGACCAAUGUAAAGCCAAAGAAGACCAGGUCGAAGGCGGAGCGGGGACCGCCUUACAUGACUAGGGAGCCUGGAAGAUCCCAUUUCCCCUAUUCUAGAGUACAAAAAAUUUUAAAAGCAGAUAGAGAUUUACCUCUCGUUCAGAGAGAAGCUACGUUCCUGAUAUCAAUAGCCACGGAAGAGUUCAUCAAACGUAUUGCGGCAGCCACCGAACGAAUAGCAACAAAAGAGAAAAGAAUGACGACGCAACAGCGAGACGUUGCGAUGCUUGUACGGAGAGCAAACGAGUUCGCUUUUCUUGAUGAUGUCAUUCAAUGGCGCGAACCCGAGCCUCUAGCUCGGCGGAAGCCAAAGGCUCUGCAAGAGGGGGAUGAGAAGCAAGAAGCGGGUUUGAUUGAGGGUCCACUCGACCGAUUUAUUCCCCGAGGUGGAGCAUCGGGAAAGGAUGAAUUUGUACUUGACGAUAUUGUCAUGAGUGAGGAUGGGACAAUGUCUAUCGGCUUUGAAUGA